UUAGAAUAUUUUCUCAAAAUAUGAACACCACAAAGGCGAUUAAUGAUAUGAAUGAUAGCGAGCUCAAGCAAGGCCUCAGUGGUGGGGCAAGCUGGCAUGCUGGCUACUCCAAAAGCGCCUACAUCUUCUUUGGGAACCUUGAUUAUAAAAUGAAUGAAGGAGAUGUCGUUAUUGUGUUCUCCCAAUAUGGCGAAAUAGUUGACUGCAGACUUGUGAGGGAUAAAGUCACUGGGAAAUCCAAAGGCUUUGGCUUUCUAGCCUAUGAAGACCAAAAAUCCACUGUUCUAGCUGUUGAUAACCUCAAUGGUGCUGAAAUUGUAGGAAGGACCAUCCGUGUUGACCAUUGUGAGGACUAUAAAAUCCCAGCAGAAUUCCUAGAUAUCGACCAAAGCGAACUCAAAGAAGGUGAGACCCUUGAAGACAAGCUGUACAAGCCUACUGGGCCAGACGGAAAGGGCUGGGGAGAAUUCAGGAACAUCAGUGAAAAGGAUAUCAAAAAGCUCGAAGAUGCUGAUGAAAAGCAAGCCCAAGCAGAAAAUCCAAAGGAAUCUAAAAAGGCUAUAGACAAAGAUCUGUUCAUCCUUGAUGAGGACGAAAGAUGGGAGAAGAUGUUUGCCAAACAGAAAGACCAAGAACUUGAAGAAGAAAUGAUGAUGAAUAAGAAAUUAGAAGGUGAAGUAGAGCGCCUCAGACUUGAACUCUCCCAAAAGAACAAACUACUUAAGGACCGGAAGCAGAAGAAAGACAAGAAGAAAAAGAAAAAGCAUAAGAAAAGUAAGAAGAGAUGGAUUCUGAUUAAUCUACCUUGGAGUUUUAGAGAUCAAUUUUGAUUGAUAACUAUGAGAUAUUUCAAUUUUCUCUAA